AUGCCGUUCCGGCGUCAUCGCGGGCGACUAGAGUCGCUCCAGAAUCCCAAACGACCUCGCCCCCACUCCAGCGGCGUUUGUUCCAGUGCAAGUGAUCGGUAUAUAUACCGCCGAAGGCGCCGAGACAGGCACAUCAGUUCCAGUCCUCUGGAAGAAGAGGACUCAGGGUACCGUCAAGGAUCCACCGUCAGGACUACAAGGAUCGUCAUGAGGACCACAGCACUGGUUCUGGGAUGGGCGCUGCUGGCGGCAGCUGUGGUGUACGCCGAGGAGGCUCCGGUCGCCAAGAAGGUUGACAAGCGGGGCAUCUUCACCAUCGGCAGCGGCCUCGGCCUCGGAGGCGGCUACGGCGGCUACGGAUAUGGUCUGGGUGGUGGUCUCUCCUCUGGUGUGAUAGGAGGUGCAGUAAUCAGUGGUGGCGGCUUGGGAGGCUCCUAUGGUGGCGGCCUGGGAUUAGCCGCGGGCGGUAUCGGAGGCGGCAUCGGAGGUGGAGCUGGUGGUCUGGCCUUGGCUUCUGGAGGAGGACUGGGUCUCGCUGCUGGAGGUCUCGCAGGCGGUGCCGCCCUGGGUGGUGGAGCUGCCGCAGUGGGCGGAGUGUCUCAGACCGUCCUGAGAACAGUCACCGUCCCGGUACCCGUGCCACAGCCGGUCCCCGUACCGGUGUCCCGCCCCGUUCCCGUGUCCGUACCCGUACCCCAGCCGUACCCUGUCAGGGUCCCGGAACCGGUGCCCGUCAGAGUGCCUCAGCCGUACGCAGUCAGGGUACCACACCCCGUGCCCGUAACGGUCGACCGCCCUGUCCCCGUCCCCGUACCCCAGCCCGUGCCCGUGUCCCGACCUGUCCCCGUACCUGUACCCGUACCCCAGCCGUACCCCGUCAGGGUACCCCACCCCGUGCCGGUCUCCGUCCCCCAGCCGUACCCCGUCCCCCAGCCCGUACCAGUGCCAGUGUCCACUGGCGUUAGCGCUGCUGUCGUGCCCAUCGCUACCACCGGCAUCAUCGCCGGAGGCGGAGGACUCGGAGGCGGAAUCGGAGGAGGAAUCGGAGGAGGAUUUGGAGGCGGACUGGGAGGCGGCAUCGGAGGCGGCUUUGGAGGCGGCCUGGGAGGAGGCCUGGGAGGAGGCUUGGGAGGAGGCUUGGGAGGCGGCCUAGGAGGCGGCGCCAUCAUCUCUGGAGGUGGAAUCGGGGGCGGUCUCGGAUAUGGCUACGGAAGAGGUGGACUCGCGUACGGAGGUGGUAGCCUCAUCGGUGGCGGAAUUGGUGGAUCCUACGGAGGCGGUACCAUCGUGAAGGUACUCCCGGCAGCCACAAGUUUCUCCUCAGGAGGCAGCUACGGCUCGCUCUACAAGACCUACCUCAAGCACUGACUGAUCCAUACACCAUGAGAUUCAUGCCACAUUUGACAACAGCACUGGAUCUCUCUGGCACUAGAAACAAUUCAAAUUACUAUAACUAGCACAAGUUACGCCUGCCAAAUAUUUCAGCAGCAUGCAUUAAUUGUACUCCAGAGUACUGGAACUCCAGGUUUUCUUCCAGAAAGAAAUUUCCUUAAACGUCACAUCCCAUGAUCUCGGUUGUUGAUGGGAGAAUUGACGACAUAUAGUGUACAUUUGAAAUUUAUACGGCAUAAAGUCCGCCGAAUUUUCAGUUAUAACAGGAGUGAAAUAGAGAUUUUUGUGGCCAGUAAAUCAUCCUGAUAUCUUAGGGUAUGGAAAAAAAUAUCGCGAGGCGAUUCCCA